AAAACCGUCGUGGAAGCCUCUCAGCGCACCAAGCACAGUCUGGUCAUUUAAACCCCGCCCACCUUUUUUGUCUAGUCCCCGCCCCUUCUCACUCCCUGGCCGCCAGCAAGAACACCACGUCUACAAAUGACAACUCACCCGGAAGUGCUUUCUGCCUCUGUAAGGUGGAGGCCUGUUACCUCCGGGUCGUGGGUACGGUUUACUUCCCGUUCUGUUGGCCACGCCGCAGGUACCGGCUUGGGCUGCCGUUGUUCGCGUCCCUCGCAGCGUUGCGUUUGCGCCUCCGUCAGGGAAAUGUUGCUGAGGGGCUGGCAGGGCCCUAGUGGCUCCCUGGGAUUGUGGACCUUGCUCUUGUUGCUGCUGAACUUGGGUUGUGCUGUGCGCGCCUCGGAGAUCACCUUUGAAUUGCCCGACAACGCCAAGCAGUGCUUCUACGAGGAGAUCGUUCAGGGCACCAAGUGUACCCUGGAGUUCCAGGUGAUCACUGGAGGGCACUAUGACGUUGACUGCCGCUUAGAAGAUCCAGAUGGCAUUGUGCUGUACAAAGAAAUGAAGAAACAAUAUGAUAGCUUUACCUUUACUGCAACCAGAAAUGGAACAUACAAAUUUUGUUUCAGCAAUGAGUUCUCUACAUUCACACACAAGACAGUGUACUUUGAUUUCCAAGUUGGAGAUGAUCCUCCUCUGUUUCCUAGUGAAAACAGAGUCACUGCACUUACUCAGAUGGAGUCAGCAUGUGUUUCAAUUCACGAAGCUUUAAAAUCUGUCAUUGAUUACCAGACUCACUUUCGGUUGAGAGAAGCACAAGGUCGCAGCAGAGCUGAAGAUUUAAACACACGGGUGGCGUAUUGGUCAAUAGGAGAAGCUAUCAUUCUUCUUGUAGUUAGCAUUGGGCAGGUGUUUCUUCUCAAAAGCUUCUUCUCAGACAAAAGAACCACCACAACCCGUGUUGGAUCAUAACUCAUGUUGAGAAAAUGCUUCAAAUCCACUGUUUGUAAAAUACUGUUCUUCAAAUAAUUUCUAGUUAAAGAACAAUUAAACGUGGGGAACAUUUUAAAUACUUUUACCCUCCCUCCCCAGCCUAAAAUUGCAAAAUACAUAUUCCCCAAAAGCUGUGGAAAGUCUUUAUUUGUUACAUAUGGGUUUUCUCUUUUUGUUUGUCUGCUGAAAGACCUAACUUAAGGUUACUGGGUUUUUUUUAAUUAAUGAGACUGUUAGGAACAUAAUGCUUAAAAUUCUUUAAAUUGUGAUUUAGGUGAAUCUUCUGAUUUUUCAAAUUUGGGAGAUGUGAGAAUAAAAGCAAAGGUGAUUAGUCUCAAAACCUUGUACAGCGCUGUUUUGAUUUGCAGUGAACAUUCUUGUCAGAAGCAUUUCUUGCAUCUUCUUUUGCAGUACUAUAAUUUAGACUGGAUUCUAGGGAGACCAGUUCUCUGUUUCUUUAAAAGUCUGCAUGGUUUAUUGCAUUUUUCUUAAGUUAAAUAAGGAGAAUGUUCUGCAACUCUCAAAGUUGUUUGAAUCUUAGGGCUUGUUGUGGUGCUGCUUCUUUGAAAAAUCAGCUAGCUGAUCCACAAAUCAUUUGUCAGUCAGUUCCACUUGAAGUCAAUAGGACUAAGUUUAUAAAGUACAUGUGCACUGGGUUAAAUGGCCUAAGUGGUUUGAGGAUUAUAACUUGAACAGCUGGCUUAUUAAGCAAUGUGUGUACAAAUGCUGGUCAUGGCAGUAUAAUCUCACUAACUAUUCAGUUCUCCUAUAAAGAGUCUAAAUUAACAACUGAUGAAAAGUUUACUUUUGAUUGAUGUGAUGCAAUAAUCUGUUGCCUUGUCCUGAUUGCUACCAUUUUUGGACUAGAGGGCUAUUUUGUGCAGUGGUUCUCAAACUUCAGGGUAUGUGGGCUUUUUUGGCUUAUAGCCAGAACUGUUCUCCUUGCUCAUGCCUAAUAACAUCUUGAAUAUUUCUGUAAGUGUGUAAGAUUGCACAUCCUACCUUAUCUUCAAGCAAUCAAACUAAAAUUAACACUAUCGCCCCAAUCAAACACACCUAUAUGAAAAUAAGCCUCAUGAAAGCAAAAUUUGUUGAAACUAUGUAUGUAUAUUUUGGAUUUUAAAAGGCUUCUUUCAAAAGAAAAGCCUGUUUGCAGCGCUUGUAAGCAUAUGAAUACCACUAAGCUCAAAAGCUUACAAUUGCAGAAAUAUCUUUUGAUCUUUAAACCAGCUUGCCUCGCUACACUUGGGCAGCGUAGAUAUCAAUCCUGGAAAAACACAUCCAUUGCAGUUUCUUAGAUUUUAAUACUCUAUGAACCUAGACCAUUGUCUUAACUUUAAAUGCUGAUGGUGUGUUAAUGGGUGGAGUAGAUUUUCUCUAAUACAGAGUGGUUCAGUGUCAAAGCACUGAUGUUCAAAUUAAAAAUAACUAGUUUGGUUAGUUUAUUGGGGUUGUUAAAAUGUCCGUUUUCAUUACUGUUUGUGUGGCUUUUUAGAAAAUGAUGUGUUUUAGAGGAAGGGAAGACUACAGAGUUGUACUAGUUAAAAUCCUGCAGAAAUCUUAGUGCACAGUGUGUGUGUUUCUCCCACUGGCAUAAAAUAAACUUAUUUACUGUACUUGUCCAUUUCUUACAUUAAAUGUCAGUACUAGCCAUUCAGGAGGGCAGGUUAAGACAAUUUUCAUAACAUAAAACCUAUUCAAGAUGGAAUCUGCUUUCUUCUGCAACUUCUCUUUCUAUUAGUGAGGCAUAUUCUAGAGCCCCAUAUCAACCCUAUUGACAUUUAAUUAAGAUCGGUAUAGCAGUGUUAGGGGUUUGGCUAUAAACAGCAAAAAAUGGCAAAAAAAUUAUUCAAUAUUAUUUAUGAGCUGGCCAGUUGAGAGAUGUCUGUUGGACUGAAAACAGUCUAGAGCUAAGGAACUUUUAUAACUACCUUGUUAUGUUUACGUUGGGUGGAAUCAGAUAUCUAGUAGCCACUUAAAAGCAUUUUGGGUAGAGCGGGUGACAGCAUGAGGGAUGCAGCUUUCUGUAGGUUCUAAUAAUGUAACUAAACUCUGUUUCUCUAGCUUUUUAGCAGAGGAGAGGUAGUAGUAACACUUAUGUAACCACUGGCUAGAGUCUGCAUACAACUACUUUCUUGUACCAGGAAGAGUGGUACAGCGGUUGCUGUGCCAUUUGAGUAACUUAUAAAUUACUCAUAAGUAAUUUAUGAGUGGAGAUCUCAAGCCCCCUAAUAUAUGUUAAAUUGUGUGUGAGAAUUUUGCUUGUGUGUUUCCCUUCCUCUUCCUUGUCUCUUCCCAGUAAUAAGUUAAUGUGUAAUGGAGCUGAUUAGCUCAGUUAUUCCAAAUUGUGACACUUGCCUUUUCAACCUACUUGGUUCUAUCCAGACCACCUCGUACCAUUCUGUAAAACGUGCAGUCUUUUUUUAAAAAUGCCUUUUUCACAUAUUGUAUAUUUCAAGGUAGCUGCAUACGUUAUUGGAUUAGGAGUAGGGGUUAAUAGGCACAUAUACCAAUACAUGAGUGGGUAUAAAUUCCAACCAUUCUUCAAACAAAGCUGUUUGGAACACAUCUACGUCUGAAGUACAGUAAUAAGAUGCCAGGUUUCUGAAUUCUGUUGCUUAAGUCUACAUGUAUGUAUCGUGCUGUGAAGUGUCCCAUUCUUGAUAUAAUUUGCAAAAUUUUGUUAGUGUCAGUAAGACAAAGCUGGCCCUGUGAAUUUUAUGGGGUAAUAAAAUUAAUAUAAGGUGG